AUGAACAACCAGAAAUGUAGCCCUUUAUUUCUGAAAUUAAGAGGGCGGCGAAGGAUCAUACGAUGUAUCUAUUUUGUGGGCUUCAUGGACUUGUUUGGGGUGAGCAUGAUCCUCCCACUGUUGAGCCAUCAUGUGAAGGCUCUUGGAGCAAGUCCCACCGUGGCUGGUAUUGUGGAAUACAGGGGGAGUCACCCCACCCUGGAGCGAAUGAGGUCUUACUUCAAAAGAGGAAUGAGAAGGAAUAUGACCAACAAAGCUUCAGUAAUCACUGCCAACGUGAUGCUCAAAGGAGAGAAGUCCAACCCAUCUCUCAUAAACAACGGGGGCAUUUUUGUAAUCGACAAUCCUCCUGAUGGGGCGUCGGAAAAAUCCGGCCGCACUCGUCACCCGGGGGGAUCUUUGUGUGAUUGGCAGGGCAGCUGGAGCGACGUGGUGGGGCGGCGCUACUCUCUGCUGACCUGCCUGCUGCUGAGCGCUCUGGGCUACGGCCUCCUGGGGAUGUCCACCAGCAUUGCUCUGUUCGUCCUCGCGCGGAUACCUGUGGGGCUCUUCAAGCACUCCCUGUCCAUCUGCAGGGCGCUGCUGUCAGACCUGGUGUCGGAGUCAGAGCGCCCUCUUGUGAUGGGUCACUUUAACGCAGCCUCCAGCGUCGGCUUCAUCCUGGGUCCGGUGGUGGGCGGUUACCUCACCGAGCACGAGGGAGGCUUCUACACUUCCUCUUUCACCUGUGCAGCCAUCUUUCUAAUCAACGCCGGACUGGUGUGGAUGCUGCCGUGGGGAGAGACGCUCACCGACCGUAACGAAACCAACAGCAGCAACAACUCCAGCAAAAACUGCCACGACAACUACUGUAAUAAGUCCGUGCACAAUGGCUCUCACGCAAAUAGCCACCACCCGCCGCUGACCGCGCCAGAUUCCAGAGCUCCCGGGAAGCGCCAUCUCCAGUGGAGGGACGUGUCCCUGCUCCAGCCCGCCUGGAGACAGCUGUCCUCGGUGGGCUCCAAGAUCCACAUGGUGGCCUCCUCGGACAUGUGGGACCUCUUCCUGGUGCGCCUCCUGAUGGCUAUAGCCAUCAUGCUCUACUACAGCAACUUCUCGCUGGCCAUGGAGGAGCGCUUCUCGCUCAAACCGAAGAUGACGGGCUACCUGAUCAGCUACAGCAGCACCUUGGGGGCCCUGGCCGGGUUCCUGGUGGGGCCGGUCACCCAGCUCUACUGGAACAACAUGCCCGCCCUGCUCCUCCACUCCACCGUGCUCACCUGCUCGCUCAUCUUCCUCUACGCCGCCGCGCCCAGCGUGUGGCAGGUGCUGCUCACCUCCACCUUCUUCGCCAUAUCCACCACCAUCGGGCGGACGUGCAUCACGGACCUGGAGCUGCAGAGGGGGGGGGUCCAGGCCAGCGGGACUCUGAUCGGAGCGGGGCAGUCGGUCACGGCGGUGGGCCGAGUUCUGGCCCCCCUCCUCUCCGGUCUGGCCCAGGAGGUCAGCCCCUGCGGCCCCCCCAGCCUGGGGGUGGUGCUGGCCCUGGCAGCUGUGGGUUUACUCCUCGUCCGAAUCCCUAAAUGGGACGGAAGAGGGAUGACAAAACGGGCAAACUCUGAAACUCUCAGCAGGGCUGUGAUGGCAUGGCACGGCAUGGCAUGGCAUGGUGGGAGUGGUUUGCGACCCCCAACGCUGCAGACAUCUCUCAGGAUCAGUGGAAUCAAACGUCAAGUGCAUCGCCGGCAUGAGGACGAGGGCUGGAAAGUUAAUUGCGUUUCUAAUUAUGCUGAAGAUUGGGGCCCCAAACAGAAUCAGGAAAUGAAGGAAACUAAAACCCGGGGGUUCUCCUACUUCUGGUUCCGCUGCGGUGGCUUCAGCAGAGGGUUUCGAGGUGUGUCGUCUCUGGGUUCGGCCGCCCAGGCUGCAGGUGGAGACGAAGGCUGCUGCCGUCCCUCCUCCUCUUCUGCCUCGUGGGCGUCCUUUGUAAAGUCAUCUUCUGAGCCAUUGGAACGAGGAGGGGGCGGAGCGCGGCUAUCGUCCUGGGAGGAGGGCGUUCGGGACCUGUCUCCACUUUUGCUCCUCUCGUCAAGAAAGUCAACAGAGGGCACUUCUUUCAGGGUGUUCAGCCUGCGCAGCGGCAUCAUGGCUCCGGAGGGGGAGCGUUUGGGUUUGCUGAAUCGAGAGCGUCGAGGGGGAUAG